AUGGAGGUCGUGAUCAAAAUCCGCAAGGGUUUUAUCCGAGUCGCCGUGGAAACUGGCGCCGACAUCGUGCCGGUGGUCGCCUUUGGGGAGAACGAGAUCUUCGACCGCGUGGACGUCACAUCCAGAUCUGUGCUCCGCAUCGCUGCGCGGGUGUGGGAAUGGUUUGUUGGCCACAAAGUGGCAUUCUCCAUUGGCCGGUUUAACAUCUUCUGCCCUUAUCGUAAGCCGUUGAAUGUGGUCGUGGGCAAUCCCAUUCCUGUCACUCAACAACGAUGGGACCCCGAUGAGAAAUAUAUCGAUCAGUUACACCAGCAAUACAUGAGAGAGUUAGAGAGGCUAUGGGAUAGUUGGAAGGACACCUUUGGGACUGAUAAAUCCGUGAAGUUUGAGGUGGUGGAAUAA